AUGCCCCCAGACCUGGUGCAGGGGCGCUCGAGGCCAGAGUGGGUCGGGGACGACGGUGGCACCUCCCCCUACGACUCCUCCUGGUACGUGUUCCUGCCGCCCCGCAUCCCUCGGAAGAAGGUCUACGCCGCACUCGAGAGGCACGAGUCCUCGAAAGUCGACUGGGUGCUGGCGGAGACGCUGAAGGCGGCGAGGUGGAAGGUCAAGAAGCUGCUGGGCCGCCAGGGGGCCCCCCCGGGGGCCGGCCGGCGCGAUGAGCCAGAGGGAGGGGCCCCGCGGCAAGGACCCAAGCCGCGGGGCAAGAAGCGAAAGCGGAGCGACGCGGAGGCCACGCCGGCCGCGGCGCCCGUCGUGCCCGGCCGGCGCCAGAAGCACGCCAAGUGGGGGAACACCGUCGCCUUCGAGUGA